AUGGAUCGUCAUCAGGAGAUGCGGCGGCCUGAAGGUUAUCCAUCAGAUGAGCAAGACCUACCUGAUAUGAGCUCAAUUGUAUCAGACAUGGGUAGAUCUCCAUUUUUUUGGAGAGAUGAUGAUGAUUUGUCACUCCUGGAAAGUGGUCUUUACAGAAGAAGUUACAGUGACAUGGGUGACAAUCAUCAUAGAAUCGAGGAAUGGGCGAAAAGAUUGGGGACGUCAUUUGACCCAAGAUUGUUGGUUCUGCUAGAAUUUUUCAGGGAAUUCUAUGUCAGAAGACAGGAGUUGCUAAAGAAAAUAUUUCCACGGCUUCAAAAUGAGUUUAUUGAGUUGUUCAAGAAAUUUGGCAGGGUGUUGGCUCAAGUCAAAUCGAAUCAAGUGAAGGUUAAAACCAUGCAGAGGAGUCUGAGCUUGGGCUCACCGACCACGCCAUCUAAGAAGGGGGAUGAAUCACCUCUGCGGCUCGAUAGAUUUAGGAUACGGACCGUUAAUAUUGGAGAUGUUCAAGGUGGCCAGGGUGGUCAAGGUGGCCAAGGUAGUCAGAGUGUUGACAAGCCUGCUGGCUCCAAAUAA